AUGAAGUUUGGGAAAGAGUUCUCGUCUCAGAUGGUACCGGAAUGGCAUGAAGCUUACAUGGAUUAUGAUUAUCUCAAAGCUCUCCUAAAAGAAAUCAUCAAAUUCAAACGCAAAACCAAUCCUCACCCUCACCAUCAUCAUCAUACCGGUGGAUUAAACCGGAAAUUGACUCUAUACCGGACAUUUAGCGGUUUACUUUCAAAAUCAGGAAGAAAGAGACACGGACAUGGACACGGACAUGGUGGUGGUCCGAUCGGACAUUUGUCGGAAUCAGACGACGACGACAUCGAGGAAGGAUUAAAGCCGGUAACGGCGCCGAUUCUGGUGAACACGGCGAGUCACGGUUACGAGACGACGUUUUUGAUGGCGGCGGAAGAAGGAGGAGAGUACGAGAUGGUGUUUUUCCGGCGAUUAGACGAUGAGUUCAAUAAAGUUGAGAGAUUUUAUAAAGAGAAAGUUGAAGAAGUUAUGAAAGAAGCAGUGAUGCUUAAUAAACAAAUGGAUGCUUUAAUCGCGUUUCGUGUUAAAGUUGAGCAUCCUGAUGGUUGGCCUUGGGAAGAACGUACGGUUGAGAUGACUCAAUUAGCUUCUGAUGUCGCUGAUUCCGCCGCUGCCGUCGCUGCUUCUACUCCCGCCGGUGCUAGAUCCGUGAACGUUCGAGCUCAACAAGCUCACAUGGAGGCAAUACAGGAAGGAGGAUCGAGCAAAGCUGGUAAAUCCGACGACGACGAUGAAGAAGAUGGUGAUGAUGUAGUGAAACAAGAAGAUAAUGGCGUCUCCGAUGUAAUUUCCGGUGACAUAAGUAGAUUAAAAGCUGCGAGGCCAUCUCCGAUCGAUGUUUUAGAUCGUGUCAAAAUCAACCAUUCGAAGGAAACGCCUCGAUCCACCAUUAAAGGCGUUCUUAAGGUCUCGACGGAGAUUAAGUUUAGCAGAGAUAAUCUGAGAAGAGUAGAGGAGAAACUCAGACGCGCCUUCGUUGAGUUUUACCAGAAGCUUCGGUUACUCAAGAGCUAUAGCUUUUUGAAUGUGUUGGCGUUUUCGAAGAUAUUGAAGAAGUAUGAUAAGAUAACUUCGAGGCAUGCUGCAAAUUCUUACAUGAAAAUGGUUGAUAACUCUUACAUUGGAAGUUCUGAUGAGGUAACUAGACUUAUGGAGCGUGUUGAAGCUACGUUCAUAAAGCAUUUCACCAAUGCUAACAGAAGAAAAGGAAUGAACAUUUUGAGACCGAAAGCUAAAAGAGAAAGACAUCGAAUUACAUUCUCCACAGGUUUCUUGGGUGGAUGCAUGUUUUCUCUGAUAGUGGCUUUAGUCGCGAUCAUACGCACCCGAAACAUUUUGCAGGAGGAAGGUCAAAAACAGUACAUGAACACUAUGUUUCCUCUUUACAGCUUAUUUGGGUUCAUCGUGCUUCACAUACUUAUGUAUGCUGGCAAUAUUUACUAUUGGAGGCGGUAUCGAGUGAAUUAUUCUUUCAUACUUGGGUUCAAGCAAGGAACUGAACUUGGCUAUAGACCUGUUCUACUUGUGGGAUUCAGCAUUGGAGUCUUGGCGCUUCUUUGUGUUAUUGCCAAUCUUGACAUGGAGGUUGACCCCGAAACUAAAGAUUACAAAGCAUUAACGGAACUUCUUCCUCUUUUCCUGCUCGCUGUUAUGUUUGUAGUUCUAGUCUUACCAUUCAACAUCUUCUACCGCUCGAGUCGCUUCUUCUUCCUCACAUGUGUCUUUCAUUGCCUUGCUGCUCCUCUUUACAAGGUAACUUUACCUGAUUUCUUAUUGGCCGAUCAGUUAACAAGUCAGGUGCAAGCUCUUCGAAGCGUCCAGUUUUACAUAUGUCACUACGGUUGGGGAGAUUACAAACUUAGAAAAAACACUUGCACAGACUCAGAUGCCUACAGUGCUUUCUUAUUCAUUGUUGCUGUCGUCCCAUACGUCUGUCGUCUCCUUCAGUGCUUAAGGCGGUUAUUUGAAGAGAAAAACCCAGAACAAGGAUACAACGGUCUCAAGUACUUCUUGACUAUAGUAGCCGUUUGCUUGAGGACUACUUACAGUGUCGACGAGGAUAAUCAAUUGGUCUGGAGGAUAUUGGCUGGGAUCUUCUCAGCUAUUGCUGCCAUUUUCUGUACUUACUGGGACUUAGUCCUUGACUGGGGUCUUCUAAACAGGACAUCUAAGAACCCUUGGCUCCGGGAUAAACUCCUUGUCCCUCAGAAGAAAGUAUACUUUAUCGCAAUGAUCUUGAACAUCUUGCUCAGGUUCGCAUGGCUUCAGACGGUGUUGGAUUUCAAUUUCUCCUUUAUGCACAGACAGACAAUGGUUGCUGUUGUUGCCAGUCUUGAGAUUAUCCGCCGUGGGAUAUGGAAUUUCUUCAGAUUAGAGAACGAGCAUUUGAACAACGUGGGGAAGUACCGAGCAUUCAAGACAGUUCCAUUACCGUUUAACUACGACGAGGAUGACGACAAAGACAACUAG